AUGCAGGACCUACUGCUAUUCUCCCAGGUCUCGCCAGCGCGCCACAAGCAGGUUCUCCAGAUCCUGGUCGGUAUCACUGCCGCGCAGCCCGCCCCGUUCCUGGAACAGCACCUCGUCUUCGAGCAGCUCCGGCUACCACCCGUCUCGAAGAAGGCACCAGCAAACCAGACUACGAGACGCGCGUACCAGCAUCUCACAAGGCAACCGCUAGAGAGCAACUCUUGGACUCUUCGCAAACCAGAAGUCCCGGAGCCUGGCGUCAAGCAAGUCAUCACGCAGUCAGUGUCCGAGGUGUCGUUGCCAGAGGCCGAUUUGGAGAAGUUCCGUCCUGGAUUAGAGUGGUACAAAUUCAUCAAUCAAUUCUAUUUGCAAGGACACCGUUUUGUGCAAGGCAACGUCGUGAUCACGAUCAGCAGAGUGUGCCCGGCUGAGACAACUGAUGGCGACCUGCUCGAAAGUGAAGCGCCCACGACCGUUAAUCUGCCGCCUCUCGAUCCUAGUGGAAGUUACGUCAUCGAGGCUUGUGUUCGCAUGGAAGACGGCAGCACCACUGCUUUGCGCGAUCAGGCAACUAAAGAGCUUCUCGCAUUUGCCGAUGGUUUGAAAGGAGCGAUUGACCUGAGGGUGCCGGAUAGACUGGCGCUGGAUCCAAGAAUCAAAGGAGCGUGA